AUGUUCUGUGGAAUCGGUGGCUUCUUGGAUUUCUACAAGCUCCGGUGGCUGGAGGCCAUUCUCAACUGGCAGAAGCCGCAGGAAGGAUGCUUCGGGAGGCCUGCUGCUGAAGAUGAAUUAUCAAAAGCCAUUCAACGCCAACAGCAUGUUUUGAGGAGAGUGAAGAGGCGAGAAAAACAAUUUACAGAUGGCUGUUCCUCCCACAACACAGCCAUGGCUGUGGCAGCCCUGGGGGGCUUCCUCUACGUCCUGGCUGAAUACCCCCCAGCAAAUGGAGAGCUGUGGCAGUCCACACUGGUGCCACCCACAGUCGCUGAGACAAAUGUUUCCACACCUGCCACUGGAAGAUGAAACGGAUGCCAGAUGCCAUUAGUCAAUCCUUCCUCCCUUAAAUCCUGGGUGCCCGGGCCAUGCCCUGACAAGGAGGCAGCAGAAGAAACGACUAGCAUAGCAACCCAGCUUCAUCCCCUCGGGGAGCAGGGCCAGGGAAGGGGAUGUGGGGAUGGAUCCAGGUGUGGAAGCAGAUGAAUAAAUUCAGAGUGCAAUUGA